UUGGUGGUGCUACAGGAAAAUGUAGACUGAAAACAGAGGCGGGUUGUCAGCGUUAUGUGACAGACAGAGAACAACUCGGGGCUCGACAGUCAUCUCAGGCUUUGUUUUACUUUGUGAUGGAUAAUAAGGGUGAUGUCUUUUAUCGGGAGCUGCCAAAAGUGGAGCUUCAUGCUCACCUCAACGGCUCUGUCAGCUUCCAAACCAUCGAGAAACUCAUCAGCCGAAAACCGCAUCUCAACAUUGAACACAGCAUGACGGCUAUCGGCAAAGGCCAGCGGAGGACACUGGAUGAGUGUUUUCAGGUCUUCAAGGUCAUCCAUCAGCUGGUGGACACGGAGGAGGAUAUCCUGAUGGUGGCUACAGAUGUUAUCAGGGAGUUUGCGGCUGAUGGUGUGAAAUAUUUAGAACUGAGAAGUACACCAAGGGAGGAGAAAAACACAGGAUUGACAAAAAGGAGAUAUGUUGAAACUGUCAUCAAAGCCAUCCAGCAGUGUAAAAACGAGGGAGUGGACAUUGAUGUCAGGUUUCUGGUGGCGAUUGACCGCAGGAAUGGGACUGAAGUUGCCAUGGAGACGGUGAAGCUGGCUGAGGAGUUCAUGAUGUCCUCUGAUGGUUUGGUGGUGGGGCUUGACCUCAGUGGAGAUCCAACGGUUGGCCAUGGCAAAGAUCUGCUUCCUGCUCUACAGAGGGCCAAGAACUAUGGACUGAAGUUGUCACUGCACCUCUCAGAAGUACCAUCACAGCUGGAGGAGUCAGAUUUGCUGUUGAAUCUUCCUCCAGACAGGAUUGGUCACGGCACGUUCUUGCAUCCUGAAGUGGGUGGAUCUCAAAAUCUUGUUGACAAAGUGGUGAAGAACAAUGUACCACUUGAGCUAUGUCUGACAUCAAAUGUCAAAGGACAAACUGUACCAUGUUACUCCAAACAUCAUUUCAUGUACUGGUAUGAGUUGGGACAUCCAAGUGUGAUUUGUACUGAUGAUAAGGGAGUCUUCUGUACAGACUUGUCUCAGGAAUAUCAGCUGGCAGCUUCCACGUUUGGUCUCAGUCGUGAGGCCGUAUGGAAGCUCUCCCAACAGGCCAUAGACUGUAUCUUCGCACCAGACACUGUAAAACAGCAGCUUAAACAGAAGUGGAUUGAUAUACAGCCUCAGGUGUUCAAGUGACCCGUCCCGUAGAACCUAAAGCCAGUCAUAUACCUCACAUUUCAGUUUAAAAAAACCUUUCCGUUAACUUUUUACAAGUCUUUGUAGAAAUAAUGACAUCAACUAAAAAGGGAACUCUAAAAUAUUGUGAAAAUGUUUGAAAUACUUGAAAGUAAAUACUUAUUUAGUACAAGAA